GUACUAUCGGUCUCAAAUCACGGUAUUUCUUUCUCCUACAUUCAAAAUUUGUCCAUGGAAACAAGACGCAAACAGACAUAAUUCGAAGUCUUGGUAAAGCUUGAGGAUUGGUGAUGGAGACUGACAGCCUGUCUCGGCCACUUCUCUUCCCCUGUGCCGAUAGAGUAAAGGUACCACAGGUUGGGUCUGAUGAAUCAAAACUCAAAAGCCAAUUCUCCUUCCUGUCACAAAGUUUACCUCCAACUCGUACCCAAGAUGCACAGGGUAAAAUCCAUCAUGACUAUGUGAAGAAGAUAAGCGCUGAUCUCCUCUUCAGUGAAGCCGUAAUUCGCAAACAUGCAGCUCAUACACUUCCAUACAACAAGGUAGAUCUGAAAGGAACUUUUGAUUCCAAAGGAAUUGUGAAGAAGAAACCACUGAAAAAGAUUGGUACUGUUGGAAGGCAUAACCAGCGUGGGUACGAAAAGAAACAUGCUCCUUGCCACAUCACUACCGUAUCAGAACACAAGCUUAAGCCACUCCAGCCCAAAAAGAAAAAGAUAAUUCCUGAUAGAGAUGAUGAAAUUGUGUCUGAAGCUGGAACUGUUCUCAAAGGGAAAAAUGCAUUCCUCACUGAAACAGAGCAAGAGAAUGAAUUAGAAGAGGAAGUAGAGAUCAACACAGAUUCCCAGCAUGAUUCAAAGACGAGAACAAAAGAAUCUCAGAAUUGGGAUUCUCAUGUCUUGAUGAACCUUAGCAAAGCGACAGCUAGAUGGAUCGUCAACGAGCGAACACCUCAAGGUCCACAGAAGGACAGACUAACCAAGCUUCUCGUUGAGAAGUUUGGAGAGUCUUCACAGCUUGAUACUCUUAUCAGAGAUGACACCAGCAUGAGUGAGACUGGGCUAGCUGAGCCAACAGAACAAAGAGCAGAUAGCAGAACCUCAAAGAAACAGAAACCAGUGCUUUCUGGGGGUAGAAAAAGUUCUAGUGCCAAGGAUAAGAAAGAAGGAGAAGGUGGUGAGGAUGAAAAUGAUGAGGAAGACAUCAAUACACAACCUUUAGCAUCAUUCUAUCGUCUUCCUGGUGGAGUCAGACGGAAACAAAGACAACUUGCCAUUGAUAGUCUCGGUGCCAUCAACACAACUGCUCAAGACAUCCAAGUAUUCCGUCGUAAACCCAAGCCACCUCCUACUCUCAAGGAUGUGAUGAAUCCAGCCAUUGGUGAUAAGAUGCUUGAUACACACAACCAAUUUGAGCAAGAAUGGUUGCUUGGUGCACAGUUGAUUCAUCAGCCCGGUGAUUCAAAUCUCUACCUGGAUUCUGGCAACGUGUAUCAGGUCUCAACAAGGAAGAGUUUCCCUCAAGAUCCUUUAUCUUGGCACACUGAGAGCAAGAAGAAAACUAAAGAUCAAAAGAGCAAGAAAGAACGAGGGAAGAAGAAGAUAGACAUGCCUCAGCACGGCUACAAAAAGUGGAAUAAACUUCCACAGCCCCUGCAGGAGGAACAGAUGGAUAUUCAUGAAGCAGGCUAUGAUGCUGAAGCCCACAGGGAACCAGACCCAACAACUCUCAAGAGACAUAAAGAGAAUCCAUCGCUAGUUCAGCUCGUUGAUGAAUGGCGGAAUAAAUGGCACCUUGGUAGCAAGUGGUACGACAGCUCCAUCAAUGACCUUGAGAAAGACAUGAAUGACAUCAACGAGCAUGUGAGACUACAGGCCAUAGCAACCAUCGCUAAGGCAGCUACAUUCAGACCACCUGAUGAACCAGGAAGUGUUCCUCUUUCAAAGCCUUCAAAGGUCAAAAGUCGGCUUACUGGAAUCUUCAAUAAAAUUGGAAAGGAUGCUACAUCUCACGGUGUCCUCCCAGCAAAACUUUUAAAAUGCGUUGAGAAAUCCUUGUUUGAUCCCAGUCCAAGAGUUUGUGUGACUGCUGCCAUCGCUCUGUAUACACUCAACAGACCAAAUGAAGAGGCAAGAAAGAUCUUGAAGGAUGUGAUAAAGUCUGGAAGUGGGCCUGAACGUUGGGCAGCAGCUCAGUGUCUAGCACAUGCUGGCGUCUGUGACUCCUUCGUGGUUGGUGAACUAGUCAAGCAGCUCUUUGACUCUGAGAACAUGGUCAAGCAUGAGCAGUGUAUUCGACUCCUGACAAACCUCAGUAGAGGAUCGUCUAUCGUACAUUCAAUGGUCGCUGAACAGCUAAACAGUACCAGUUGGAGGCAUCGUAUUGUAGCUUGCCGGACAUUUCCUCGCCUCUAUGGCACUAUCAAUAAGGACAUCACCCACAAGCUUAGUAAUCUGAUGUGGAAUGACUGGCAUCGGGAGGUCCGAACCACCGCUGCUCAGACUCUAGGCCGUACAGGACAUGGGAAGGACGUCCAUGAUGAUCUAAGAGAUAGGUUACUCAACGGAAGUGAGAGGGAUAGGAUUGAUGCACUGCAGAAGAUUGGACAUCUAGGUAUUAUGACAGCCCGCCUCCUGCCAUCAUAUCUGAAAUGUUUUGAUGAUCCCUACAUCGCUGUGAGGAUAGCUACCACCGAGACGGCUAGUAAGCUAGAACUCAAGGAUUCAGAUGUUCUCAGGAAGCUGCUUUUCUUGACAGAGUUUGACAGCAACUGGAAGGUCAAGGCACAUGCUCUCAAAGCUCUUGGAGACAUAGGUGAAUCUAACAAACACAUAGAGAGUGCUGUGCUGUGGGCUCUUAGGUUUGAAUCUCAGGCUGGUGUGAGAGCGGAAGCUUGUCAGACGAUGAUUAAACUAGGCAUCAAAGAUCCAGAGAUACCUGCCAUGCUUCAAGAAAAACUACUGGUAGAGCCCGAUGAAGUUGUCAGAGAGCAACUUGCAAUAGCUUUAGAAUCGUUUGGUGUGAGUGCUACCGGUGACAUGGAGAUGGUCCAGCAGAUAAAGGAUGAAGUAAGACGUCUAUGCACCCGGUAUAACAUCGCUGCUAAGAUCACGCUCAAUGAGGAGAGGGAGGACCUAGCACACCAGCAUAAACGCUUCUUUGAUUCUUCUCCUGCUCCAAGUGAACUUGUGAAAUCUGAUGUGUAUAUGCCCAGCCCAUCUACAACACGCCCUUCAACCAAGCACAGUGUGCGAACUGUGACCCCAUCAAUUUACAUCAGCGUGGAUGAUGACUAUCGUCCUGGAACUGAGACACCCGAGGUUGACUUACCUAAGACACCCGGAAGCAUUGUUCCCACUGAUCUCAUGGGUAACCGACUCAGUCCUGCACAGCAGGGCAGCCGCCCUAACACCGGCAACACCCUGGGCAGGACAACACCUGCAGGGACUCCAUCGGGCUUGGUGAGGACCACGUCCGCUGGGAGACGAACCCCUGAGGAGAAGCUGAACAAGCUGAUCGAGGUCUAUGAAGGAACAGCAUCCCUUGCUCAGUACCAGGAGUUCAAACAAGGAGACCUUGAUGCCAAAGACGAUGGGAACGUGCGGAAACUGUCUCAGAUACCAGAAGCACCGACGGAAGAGGUUUCUGGUGAAAUCACAGGUCAGAGCAAAGUCCUGGAGGAUGAUGAAGGCAACAGUGAUGUCUUCACCUCGGAUGUUGCAGAAUCACGCCUUGAUCAGACGGUGAUGGAUAAUGUCGAUGUGCCUCUGAUGGGUGGUGAUGUCAUGAUACCAUACCCUCGGAAGGACCGCAGGAAGAAGAGCGCGAAUGAGGAGCAAGUGAAUAAGGACGAUGCUGAGGAUAGUGAUGAAUAUGAGAUGGAUGAUGACUUGGGAGAUGAUGAGGAAGAUGAGUUGAAGAAGUCAAUCCUUCGUCCAACUCCUGAACCGGGAUCAGUGAGUCGAAUGACAUCCGCGACGCGUAAAGAUGACUCAAGACCACCAUCUAAUUGAAAUCGAGAUGAAAAACUAUAUGGAUUAUUAGUAAACUGCCAGAAUAUAUCCUUCUAUUGUAAAGUAUGCAAGUCAGUAUUAAUGUAAAAUGGAUUUUGAGGUCAAGACCACUUCAUCUUUCAAAGAAGUCGGGGUUUUGAAUAUUUCUAACCCACAUAAGAGCCAAUAGUUUAUUUAAUUUUAAGAGAGAAAAUAAAUCUUCUUUGAAUAGCUAUCAAGAUGGGUUUUAUAUCUUAUAUUAUAUAUGACAGAAUCUGUAAAAGCUUGGGUUUAAUAUUCUAAAGCUGUCAAUAACAGGAUAACGUGGGAGGCAGUUUCUAUUGUACUCAUAAUAAUACUAAGAGUAUACUUAUUUUGAGCAAAAAUGUUAAGUAUGCUGUUGAAUCAUGAUGUCCUUUGAAUCAACAAUGGCUUUAUUAUAUCAGUAUUACUUCCGUCCAGAUUUGUUAACUGAUCAAAAUCUCACCUUGAAUAUGGUACUCUUGAAAUUAUUAUGCAAAGUCUUGAUUAUGCAAUAUAUUUUAAUUCUGUCAAUCAAAUAUUCCAAGUCGUCUUCCUGUGCCUUUGUUGAUAUAGUAUUUGACAUGUAAAAGUGGGUCACUGCUUGUCUCAAUUUUAAUUUGGUGUGGAAGAUCAGAUGAUUUUAUUGCUGUUUGUGAACAAAAGAAUAUUAAAUGUUCUAUUAUGUAUUCUAAUCAUGUACUUUAAUGCUUAAAGUUAGUGGAUUCAACAAGCAAUCCUAAUUAUUGGACAUAGUAAAAUUGAUGUAGAAAAUAUGAUUUUGACAGAAAGUGCAUUAUAUUGUUGGCUUUAUCUUGAAAAGCUCAUUUAUCAAAUGAAACUGUACAAUGCCAUCUGUAAUUGAUUCUUCCACCUCACCCUUGUCAUAUUAUUAGUAGUUAAUUUAGGAGCUAAUUGCCUUUUUGAUUGCAAUUAUAUUGGUACUUGUAUUCGGUAAUAACUUAGCCGUGAAUGGCUAAGUGGAUAUAUACUGUGCUUCAGACAUAUAUUAAUUAGUGAACAAAUAGAGUGAACAAUUUUUCUUCCUCAGUGCCUCAAAAAGUUUACCAAUUUGGCAGUUUAAAAUAUUAUUAUGACAUUUGUGGUUUAGCAACUGACUGACUUUUACUUAAAGUUUGACUGUUAUAUUAUGGGUCGAUUUGAUUUUUGUGAAUUUUUAUCUUGAAGAAAAUAUAUAUGUAUAUUAUAGCUUGAACAAAAUUUACUAUAUUAUAUAUUUAAAGGAAUUAAUAUUUGUAAUGUGUGAAUAUUUUGGGGGUUUCUGUGCAUGAAAAUUAAAGAUUGUACAUGUAUAUGUACUUACCUAAGCCAAAUUAUUGGAAGUGUAGUGUUUCUUAAUUAAUAUCUGUAGAACAAGACUUUACUUCAAGUAAACACAAAGGGACACCUAUUUUCAGUGACAUCACUUUUAUUCUGUACAUAAUUCUGUACAAAGUUGACAAAUUCAUCAUAAAUUACAUCUCACACAAUAACAGCUACAAAAAAUAAAACCCUCAUGAACAGAGCAAAUCCAAAUGAAACAUAAGGGGAAACAUUGACAAGACUAGUUUAAUGUAAAUUUCUUCUGGUUUCCAAUAUUCAAAGGCCUUUUGAUUU